AUGGGGACACGAGGUCAAUCGAGUGUGAUGGGCCAAGAGACGAGAGACCCGAGGCUUGAUGCGGUCAUUCAGACACUGCAGGAAAUAGGGAACUUGAUGGGAAGGCAGGCUCAAGAGAGGGCUGCCAAUAUUGCCCAAGUUGCUGAGGCCGCAGCAAUUGCUGUUGUUAAUGGAAAUCAAGCCACUCAGGGGCAGGAUCAACCGCCAAAGUUCGAUGGAAAGGGUGACCCCGAGGCCGUGUCGCGUUGGGUGGAAGAACUGGAGAAAGCCUUUGAAGUCCUGGGGUGCACCGAAGCUGAGAAGGUGACCUUGGCUGUGUACCAGUUGCAGGAGAAUGCCAGUGACUGGUGGAAGGCCACCAGGGGGAAAGUGUUCCCUGAGGGUACCGCCCAGACUUGGGCCGUAUUCACUGAAAAUUUCUAUGGGAAGUACUUCUCUGAGAGUGCCAGAGAAAGGAAAUUAGCGGAGUUCAUGAGACUUCGCCAAGGGUCGAUGACAGUAGAUCAAUAUGAGGCGGAAUUUGCAAGGUUAUCGAAGUUCGCGCCAAGAAUGGUGGAGGACCCACUAGAUAAGGUCCGAAGGUUCCGGGAUGGGCUAAAGCCGGACCUUCGUAGCUAG